UUAAGGACCAACCAAUCACUCUCUCUCUCUCUAAUAAGAGCGAAAACAGAAUCCAUUGAAUUUGGAACAGAGAAGCCGUAGUCUUAUUGGCGAGGACGGUGAAGGCACAAAGACCCCUCUUUCGCAUGAUUGUCCAAUAGCGGACCACUCACCAGGCUACAACAUUCACAGCCACAUCUACCAUCACCACCACUUCUCUUCAUUGACGCUCUCUCCAUCUUAUCUAUAUAUACAACCCCUCUGCACCACCCGCAAUUCACAGACACCCACAAAAACCCAACUAAGAAUUAGCUUUAAGAUUCUUAGAAACCGAGUCUGCUUGUGCUUAUACUGCUUGAUUUCUUACUGGGUUUGUGUGAAUUUGGGGUAUUUGUAUGGAAGGGGAGGGAAAGGGAGUUGGGUUUUGAGGAAGAUUGGAUUUUGUUCAAUAUUUUUGGGGUUAAAACCCAGGUCUGACAAGUUGUUGAAUCACGGCUAUACUCGGAGUAUCUCGGCCUCUCAUUCAUGUCCGGACUGGACGACGUAAGGGUUGUGUGAUUGAGAGCAACCCUUCGCCGCACGGUGGACGUGGUGCUUUGCCCUCCGAAGGCGGCAGUCCUUCCGAUCUCCUCUUCCUCGCCGGCGGUGGUUCUUGCUCUGCCUUAUUUGCUGUAUAUUAGGAUUGUAGGAUUAUAUUAAGAUAUAUACAUAUAAACUUUGUCUACUAAGUGUUAAAAGAAGGAAUUUUAAGAUCAGAAAGUUUAAGUUUUUGAACAAGUUCUUAAGUAAGCAAGAAGGAUAAGAGACAUGAAUAUGUUGAGGAUUAAGAGAAUUCCCACCAUCGUGUCCAACUACCAGAGAGAUGAUGCAGAAGAGACUGAUCGCCCCGGAGGUGGUUGUGGCCGCAAUUGCCUCAGGGAAUGUUGCAUUCAAGGGGCAAAGCUCCCCUUAUAUGCCUACAAGAGGCUGGACAAGAAUGCUAGCGAGAAGGUUGUGCUGGUGCAUGAGAAUAGCCAGCCUCCAGUUCCAUUUCUUGACUCACUGCUUCUUGGGGAGUGGGAGGAUCGCAUGCUGAGGGGGCUUUUUCGCUAUGAUGUCACUGCCUGUGAAACAAAGGUGAUACCGGGUGAGCAUGGCUUCAUUGCUCAGCUGAAUGAAGGUCGCCACCUUAAGAAGAGGCCAACCGAGUUUCGUGUUGAUAAGGUUCUUCAGCCAUUUGAUGGUAACAAAUUUAACUUCACUAAAGUUGGCCAAGAGGAGGUGCUCUUUCAGUUUGAAACAAGUGAGGAUGACGAAGUUCAGUUCUUCCCAGAUGCACCCAUUGAUGUUGAGAAUUCGCCAAGUGUUGUUGCCAUCAAUGUUAGUCCUAUUGAGUAUGGGCAUGUGCUCUUGAUUCCUCGUAUUCUCGAGUGUUUGCCACAAAAGAUUGACCAGGAAAGCCUCUUGCUCGCUCUUCACAUGGCUGCUGAAGCUGGGAAUCCAUAUUUCCGGCUGGGUUAUAACAGUUUGGGUGCAUUUGCAACCAUCAACCACCUUCACUUCCAGGCUUACUAUAUGGCCAUGCCCUUUCCUGUUGAGAAGGCUCCUACCAAGAAGAUAACCACUUCAGAUGGUGGGGUGAAGGUUUCUGAACUUUUGAAAUAUCCAGUCAGAGGACUUGUUUUUGAGGGUGGAAACACGCUGGAAGAUUUAUCAAACAUUGUCUCUGAUGCCUGCAUCUGUCUUCAAAAUAACAACAUACCUUACAAUGUGCUCAUUGCUGAUAGUGGAAAGCGUCUCUUUCUGUUCCCGCAGUGUUAUGCUGAGAAACAAGCUCUUGGGGAAGUGAGUCCGGAGCUUCUCGACACCCAAGUGAACCCUGCUGUGUGGGAAAUCAGUGGUCAUAUGGUGUUGAAGAGGAAGGAAGACUAUGAAGAGGCAUGUGAGGAAAAUGCUUGGAAGCUCCUUGCAGUGGUUUCACUCUCCGAAGAACGAUUCCAAGAGGUAACUGCUCUAAUUUUUGAAGCCCUUGAUCAUGCUAACAAUGGCGAUGGCAAUGCGACUCACUGUUUGGUUAAGGAGAGUGGUUCCAAACAGUCUUCUGAAGACGUGGAUGCCAUUAACCGAAGCCCCCGCCGUGCUACGGUGACUGGGAAGCAUGAAUGCCUUGUUCUGCAGUAAGAUUUGGUUUUAGAGGCUUGGCAUUUGUGGUCCUGUGAAUGAAGUAUUUGGAGUUUGUUGUGUAUUAAGUUGUAGUAUUAGUGUUUAUGUGAAUUUUGGCAGUGGCCUAAAUAAGCAAACUGAGUUUGCAUUGUUGUUGUUGCUUUUUGACCAUCAUAUAGGUCUUUUUUGUAUUUUUAUGGAAUGGACUUGUCCCAUGCUAUGCUGAAUUUACUACUAAAUAAAUCCCAGCAAACUGAGAUUCCUACCAUAA